UCUAGGAGACACGAUGGCGGCUCUUGGUCUGCGGCGCGGAAUGCAAAAGCUCUUAGAUGUGUCACCGACUGUGGCACGUCUGAGCCUACGGUGCAGCACGGGCCCGACCUUGGCCGAGGUGCUCCAGAUGCCGAAGAAGCAAAUGACGAAACUACUGUACCCGCUGCAGGAGCUCGAGCAGCGCCUGGUUCCGGACUCGAGGCUCGACCUCCACCUCAAGCUCUUCGACCCCAGCCCGGAGGACAUGGAAAGCGCCGAGGGCGUCUUCGCCGCCACCGCCCGGAACCGCAUCGAGUACCUCAGCUCCGCGGUCCGUCUCGACCACGCCCCGACCCUCGCCCGGCCGGAGGUGUGUUUUAUAGGCAGAAGCAAUGUUGGAAAAUCCUCCCUAAUUAAGGCUUUAUUUUCACUGGCCCCUGAUGUUGAAGUCAGAGUCUCAAAAAAACCAGGGCACACAAAGAAAAUGAAUUUUUUCAAAGUUGGAAAAUACUUUACUUUGGUGGACAUGCCAGGUUAUGGCUAUAGAGCACCUGAAGACUUUGUUGACAUGGUAGAAACCUAUCUAAAAGAACGAAGGAACUUGAAAAGAACAUUUUUACUAGUGGAUAGUGUUGUCGGAAUCACAAAAACAGAUCAUAUUGCCAUAGAAAUGUGUGAGGAAUUUGCAUUACCUUAUGUGAUGGUAUUAACAAAAAUUGACAAAUCUUCCAAGGGACAUCUUUUAAAACAAGUACUUGAGAUCCAGAAAUUUGUUAAUACACAAACACAAGGAUGUUUUCCUCAAUUGUUUCCUGUAAGUGUUGUGACUUAUUCCGGAAUCCAUCUGUUGAAAUGCUUUAUAGCAAAUAUAACAAAAUCUGUAACUACUAUGUAGAGAAGGGUUGGUCAUGUUAAGUUUUUAACAUUUC